UUCAAUCAUUAGUCACACAAGAGAACUCAAGAGUACGGGGUCGCGAUCCGUCGGACCUCAUCUGCAUCGUUGCACUCUUUAAUACUCGUCCGCGACUCACGAUAAUCCAUUAACUAUCCGCUAAAUUAAUGUGGGGCUCUCAAAAAGUACAACAAGAUCAAUGAGAUCUUUGAUAAAUUAGCAACCAGAAAAAUGAUAACAACUAUCACCUUGCUCGCGGAAUCGUGUAACAAAAAUUUUCAAGGGCCGCGUAUCAGUAUCAGUAUCAGCCCGACAGGAAGAAAGAUUUGAUAAAUAAAUAUAAAAAAAUAAUUAAACAAAACAUUUAAGUGAGCAAGUGAACAAGCAAGUUCGCGGUGGGUCUCUGUCUCUCAUGAAUCAACGUCGAUUUGAUCAGUACGCGGGCAUCAAUUACGAAGAUGCUCGCCGAGUUAUUUAUUUAUUAUCAUCAUCGGGCGCGAACCCCACAAUCUUACCAUCUUACGAUCGAUUGAUUCGACGGACCCCCUGCGUCACGUUAACUCACUAAAAUUUUUAUACAAUACCAGUGAUAUUAUUUACUCGAGCAGCUCACGGCAGCAAAAUGACAGAUGAAUUACUUUUCUCGGUGCUGGGGUUGAAGAUGGAUGAGACGGGAGAAAUAGCGCCCACAACUCUACCUUGCGACUACGAGAUUCCUUGCAGUCUAGAGAACUCGGACUUCAUGGACCUGAGCAAUUUUACCAGCCCGGUUGUUGAUAGCUUGGAUAGCUACACGGACUUGAACUCAAGUAGCUACCAGACAGAAGCGUGGAGCGACUACACGCCGACAAGUGUCUCCGAGGCGUCGCCUUGUCUGAGCGAGCUCAGUGAAUUGGACUGCGAGCUAGACUGGUGUCUAGACAAAACCUGGAACUCGGGGUUGCCUGAGAGAACUCCGAUGUGUACACCGGGGUGCGAGAGAUUCCUUCACUUGCCGCCGCCGAAAGUCACCACAGAGUCGCCGCCGAGUUUACAACACGACGAGCCGCUGCUGGUGCUGGGAAUCGAUCUCAGAUCACUGGAGAACAGUAUGGAUUUAAAUAAUAAUCCGUUUGAUGGCAACAUGAUGUACUCGACUUCAGCCAACGCAGCUUUGGCUACUCAUGAUUAUACUAAUCGUAGCAUGGAGACUACUGACGAUCGUUGUUUUCCUUGUACUUAUCAAGGAUGUUUGAAAGUUUAUGCCAAAGCUUCACAUCUCAAAGCGCACUUGAGACGUCACACAGGCGAGAAACCUUUUGCCUGCACUUGGGCAGGCUGCGGUUGGAGAUUCAGUAGAUCGGACGAGUUAGCCCGACACAGGAGAUCUCACUCAGGUGUAAAACCUUAUCCCUGCGAGAUGUGCUCCAAAAGAUUUGCAAGGAGCGACCACUUGGCUAAGCACCGUAAAGUCCACAGAAAAAACGCGUACACUUUUCCUGGCGGCAGAGGCUACCGAGGGAACAAGAUCAACGUCUAAGUUUGAUGAGCUAACUCCUAAGACGGCAGACGAGCCUCUUCAGUAUACAUUUAAUUAUUAAUUAAUGAUAAGAUACUAUUUUUAAAACAAUAUAUACUGUAGGUUUAAUCUCUGACUAAUUGCAACUAAUCGACAGCUGAUUUUUUUUAUUUUAAAUAAUUCAGUUUUUAGUUAUUAAUUAAAGUGAGUUAUCGGCUGGAAAGUUAAUGGAUUUUAUGAUCCAAAUUUUCGGCCACGCACUUACUAUUUUAAUACUAUUAUGUACUUGUAAUGAUAAUUAUUAUGUUUGGUAAUUAAUGUUGGUAAAUAAAUAAAUAAAUAAUUA